AUGGACGUUUUCCGUCACCACUGUUUCAGCCAAGCUCAACAGUUCAAUUGCGAGGCCAUUGUAUCUUUCGAGCUGCUACUUCGCCAUUGCUUAGCUCGUUUCCAGAGGCAUUGCGCUAACCUUGUCUUGAGCACCAUCAUACAAAACACGUUCCAGAGAUUCGUUGACCAAGUCUCCACGCUCGGAUUCGUGAAGCUCGUGCAUUUGGGCGGCACUUGGACGAUCACGGUCGCGUGGCGCGACCCAGAGGUUAUUGGUGCUGGGCAGCUUGAUGUCAUCAGCCCCGCUGCUGGGAUCAACGCCCCAUGCCGUGGGCGCCUCGUGGGCGCCCCGUGUGCUGGGCGGUUCUGCCGAGGUGUCGCCUGGUGGGCGACCCUGGGCGCCUCGCGGGCGCUUCGCGCU